AUGAUAUUCCGUCGUGAUUUAUGCGGAAUCUUUUGCGCUUUGCUCACUUAUUUGGCAAUGAUUUAUGCCGAUUACGUAGUCAUCGUCUGGCUCAUUACACCUACCUUCAUGCAAAGUUUAUGGGGUGUAUUGCAUGCAGUGAUGUUUAAUACAGUGUUGUUUUUCGCAUUUGCAUCUCAUUUGCGAGCAAUGGUUACGGAUCCAGGCGUUGUACCUAUCAGUCGGAAAGGAUUGUUACGUUGUAAUAAAAAUCGUUUUCCAAAACUGCUUUCUGAUAGUGAAUCUAAUAGUACGGAUACUGAUUUGGAGUUGGUAGGAGAAGAAAAUAAAUUUGUGGGGAAGGACUGGACAAUUUGUACUCGAUGCGAAUCUUACAGACCACCGCGAGCACAUCAUUGCCGUAUUUGUCGUCGCUGUGUUCGAAAAAUGGACCAUCACUGUCCGUGGGUCAAUAACUGCGUUGGCGAGUACAACCAGAAAUAUUUCCUUCAGUUUCUAUUGUAUGUUGGCUUAUCCUCAGGAUAUGCUCUAAGAUAUACUUAUUUUUUUUUCAGUUUAAUAAUAACAGCUUGGGUACACCACGACGAAUAUAGCAUUACCGGUAUAAAGGGACCUUAUGGACAAAGUGUACAUCAUGCGAAAAUAUUGCAUACAGUUUUCCUGUCUAUCGAAAGCGCGCUAUUUGGUUUGUUCGUUUUGGCCGUUUCUUGCGAUCAGAUACAAGCAGUUCUGAAUGAUGAGACGGCAGUGGAAGCAGCUCAGCGCAAAAGUUUUCGCAAUCGAAUAGCUCUAUCACGCUCAAAAAUAGCUUUGGUACGAGAAGUUUGUGGCAAUGGACCGAUGAUAUUGUGGUUGCUACCAUGUUCAACUUUACCGCUAAAACGGGAAGUGGUUCAACUUCCGAAUCAAUCACUUACUGUUUAA